AUGACCCAAGAUGAAUAUGUUACCAUCACCAAUGGCAAUGUCAUUUCUUAACUUGAUAACAUAAAUAUACGAGCGUGAUGCAUAGUUGCUGACCAUCAGUUCAAAAUUUUUAGUAUAUAGUAAAUAAUGAGUUCAUGACGAUGUAAACUUGCCGAGACUUGUCGCAAGUUGUGGUUGGCUUUAGUCAAACGACAGGUGAUUGCAUGCAGAAAAUUCCACCAAUCGACAUAAUCAACAAAUCGUGAAAAGGUGAAGUUUUUGAAACAGAUAAAUUACUGAUCCGCGUUUCUAUCAUGACAAUUUAAUUUCUAACACUCCUCUCUCUGUAAGAAUUCUUACUAAAAUUCACAUGUCGCGUCGCAUUCAGUGUGCACAUUUUGCCUGAUUAAUUUUUCCGCUUAUGUAUUCGUAAUUAUGGGUAUAUGGAGUAGCAGCAUGACCUCUAAUCCAGUAAAUUAACUAGAAACGUUAACUAGAUAUUUUUAGCCCGAACCAGGACUUAUUAAUUAUUUAUUUCCUCAUUUAGAGAACGGAACCGACACCCACUACGCCUAGCCCGAAGGAUAUGGACAACAAUGACGAGUUAGAAGAGCAGCAAGAUCAACAGGAUGAAGUCCCUCCUCCAUCAGCAUUUCCAAUAGUAAUCGUUGUAGAUGACGAUUCUGACGACGAAGAUAUCGAAGCCAUUUUCGAGCCACCACCCACUCAAAAUGUUCCCGUAAAACGAGCCCUUUCAGACGAUGACGACGACGAAGAUGAGAUCGACGACGAUCAGCCAGUUCCAAAAAGAGCAGCAGAGGAGGCGCAAGGAACUGUACAGGAAAAUCUUGAGCAGAUUAGAUUAUCCAUCGAAACUAUGUUGGGCUUGACGUUGAACGGUCUUGCUGAAGUUUUGGUGAGAAACGAGCCUGGCUUGUACACAACAGUGACCGAUCUUCGACGAAGUUUAGCUGCUCAUCAAGGAAAUUUGGGAACAACUUGGGACAAUUUUCGUAUCGCUCUUGGAACUCCGGCGCCACCUCCACCGGCGAUUAAUUCGCAAUCUGCGCCCCCAUCGCAGUCACAAAUUCAACCAGGCGCCCCCACGGCUCCAGUCGAACUAACGGACGUCGCUGUGAAAACCCUUCUUCGAAAUCUUGGCCGAACAUUGGAACUUUACGCCGCACUGAUAAAACGACUCGGAUAUGGAAACGGAGGUGGUGCUCCUCCAGCCGAUGUCUUCGAUUACAACAGGGUCGCCUAUACCAUUUGUCGAGAGAUGAAUCUACUUGCAGACCUCUUGCAGUACACUUAUCGACAGAAAUUGCACAAUCUUUCAAAAAAUUUGGCCACUCGAUCUGCACAAGCUAAGCAGCGAGUGGAGGCUGCAAUAACUAGAGCGCUAGACGCGUCAGAAAAUGUGACCGUUGCAGAGGAGCAACAAGUCCAUUUUCUCCAAGAAUGUCCUCCUUUGAUGUUUCAGGGUAUGGACGAGCCUCAAAUAAGAUACCGAAUCUCAAUCCCUCGUGACGAUUUCUUAACAAAUCCAAUACACCUCGUGCAAGAAACAAACGAAACCUUGCCCAAGAGCGAAAAUGUCCCCCAAAACACUUUAGUUCAAGGAGAAGAAAAUCUCCUCAUAAGAUUUGGAACACUUGGAAUAAUCAAUGGGACUCGGUCCAUUGCCGUAAAUUUUGACGCGCACGGCAUCAUUUUCCAUAUUUAUCAAAUAUACAUGACUUCCGGUUGGGAGAACCCGACAUCAACGCAACCACCCCAAGGAAAAGCGGUACGCGCUUUGGACUUUCACCUGAAUAAGCUUAAGGAAGGUUCCCUCCAGUACCAGAUCAAGGCAAAGCCACGCUCUGAAAAAAUCCCAUCCACGGGAGAAGAACAAAGCCAACAAAUAGAAAUCAGUGUGAGCGGAGUCGUCGAAGGUCCAAAUACGAUUGGAUCAGUUAAUGGUCAACGGAUAGAAUUUGUCUUUGUGUUGCCACCUCAUCUGUGCAUGAAACAUGUGAACACGGUUGGAGUGAGAGAUUUGGUUUUGAAAAUACAAUUUGCCAAGUAAUUCUAAA